AUGCCGCUCUACGAUGUUGAGCAUUUCAUCCCCUUGACAGAGGAGCAGCAAUCAUCAUUGGCCAUAGCAUUCACAAAGCUUCACGCAACGCGCUUCAAGACACCCAAGUUCUUUGUCAAUGUUCGGUAUUCGAAUGUCAGUUCCCAGGCAGUAUAUCGAGGCGGGAGGAAAGUAGAAUACAAUCGUGUGAUUCUCAGAACUCGGGUAGGCGAGCAGCGUGCUAAAGAUCUCUACGAUGAGCACUGCCGAGACAUUGUCGCGAUAUGGGAAAAGAAUAUUGGUAGAGGCGGCGUAGAAGGCCUCAGGGCCGUUUGGGUGCUUGGCGCCUUGACGACAGCAGUGGAAAAUGGUAUUGCGCGACCC